GAAUACAGAGGACGGGGACAUCUCUCUGGUGGGUUCCUGGUAUUAGGUGGCUCCAUCAUAUCCUUGUGUCCUUCUGAAAACUCCUCCAUCACUCCAUACUCCUCAUCCUCCUCUUUAUACUCUUCUUUAACAUCAAUAUUCUCAUCCCCGAGGAUUCCACUCUGAAAGAUAUAAUAAAACAUUCAUUGUAACAAACAUGCUGUGUAUAAAUCACAACUACCAAUAAUUGUCAUCAUCUACCUGAUGAUGGUGAGGGGGUGGAUCCUCCUCUCCUCUUACCCGGUGAUGUGAGGGGCGGCUGAUUGUCCAUCAUGACGUCCUUGUAGAGAUCCUUGUGUCCUUCUAAAUACUCCCACUCCUCCAUGGAGAAAUAGACAGUGAC